GACGAUGCUGGUCGUCGAUUGGGCCAGGACGUUUCACUGUGGUGCACCUGUGGGAAUUGUACCACUAUGCCCACUGAAGCGGAGAACAUCUGCUGCAGGGAAAUCGCAAAGGUGCUAAGACGAAUGGGCCAAGUGCCAGUACCAAUAAUCUGCAUGACAGAGCAUCCAGGCCUAGAGCCUGUAUGUCUGAACCCAUACAGUCUGCAAAAUGUCUACAACAUUUAUAAAUAUGAUUUUGGACCUGUUAGACACAGAACAGAGGAAGAGGGUUUCAGGCAUCUUGCCUACCGCAGCUUUGUAAGCUGGUGUUGGGGUUAUUUAGGACGUAGUCGCCGGGUUGUCAUCCCAUCAUGUGUGGUGCAGCGGAUACGGCAGCAGUUCCAGUCUGGUGACUACACAGGCUUCAGACCACCUAUUGACUGA